CGGCCAAGAGGGCGGAUAUGGCGGCGGCCAGCAGGGCGGAGGAUAUGGUGGCGGCCAGCAAGGUGGAUACGGCGGUGGUCAGCAGGGCGGGUACGGCGGUGGUCAGCAAGGUGGAUACAGCGGUGGUCAGCAGGGCGGGUACGGCGGUGGUCAGCAGGGCGGGUAUGGCGGUGGUCAGCAGGGAGGGUACGGCGGCGGCGGCCAGCAGGGCGAAUACGGCGGUGGUGGACACGGAGGCGGCCAGCAGGGAGGGUAUAACAGUGGUCGUCCUCAAUUUGAUCAUGAUGAGGUCGUCGAUACUGCUACCCAACACGCCAGCGGUGACGGCAAUGAUAGAUCUAUGUUCUCCUCCGCCCUUGGUUUCGUGAAACAGCACCAGGGCGAGCACGAGCAGCCCGUUAACGAGCAGCACGUCACCGACGCGCACAAUCAGGCCUAUAAUCAAGGUAAUGCUUCAAACUUGAGCGCGGGUUCCAUGGGAUCUGCAGCAGCGAUGCAGAUUCUUAAGCAAUUCACAUCUGGCGGUGGUGGCGGCGGCGGCGGCGGCUCGAGCUCGCAGCUGAUCAGCAUGGCGAUGGCCGAGGCGACAAAGUUGUUUGACAGCUCGGGUGGUGCUGCGUCGGGCAACAAGCAAGACGCGGUCAACGGCGCAGCGAUGACCGUCAUGAAGCUGCUCGUCCAGAGCAAGUUCAGCUCGGCCACUGGCGGAGGCAACUCCGGCGGACUGGGUGGACUUGCGAGCUUGCGGUUGUAA